AUGGCGCUACACGCUCUGCUGCGCAGAAAUCUCACCUCUUUCUUCUCGGAGAAUUUGUUAUCGCCAACGGUUUCCAAUGGCAGCUUAUCUCUCCACAUCGCAUAUUUCUCCACGGCUAUGGAGACCAAACCCUCCACCACACCUUCAGUUUACGAGUUCUUGACGAACAAACACCAGUUCCCUCCUCAGGUGGCUUCACGCGCCGCCUCCAUUUUAUCCCCUUCCAUUAAUCCCGAAAAAUACGAUUCGGUGCUCUCCUUCUUCAAGCAGAUCGGAUUCACAAAAUCCCAUCUGGAGAGAAUCUUGAUAAACCGGCCCCAUCUGCUCGCAGCCGAUCUCGAGAAAAUCAUCAAGCCCAAGAUCAAGGUUUUCCAGGACAAUGGCUUCCCCUCCGACGACAUUACCGCCAUAAUCUCGAAAGAACCAAUGAUCCUCCACGUCAGCCUGGAAAACAAGCUCGUCCCAGCACUGUCCUGGCUAAAGGACCUUUUUGGUUCGAUUGACAAGGUUGCCCGAGCUUUGAGGAAAUCCGGGUGGCUGCUUUUGGGGGAUCUUGAAAAUAUCACUUUACCUAAUGUCCAGACACUGAUGAACCGUGGCAUGUCCAGGGACCAAGUCGUGAAGCUCAUCAAUUAUAUGCCACGGGCUAUACUCUACAAUCGGGAAACUCUAAGCAGAUGCUUGGAAAACAUGGACAAAAUGGAUGUCGUUUGGACUCCUAAAAUGUACAUCUAUGCUGUUGCCACCUUCUGCUCGAUGACGGGUGAGGCUUGGGAACGCAAGCUGCAGGCUUUUCGGGAAAUUCUGGAAUUCUCACAGGAUGAUAUAGUUAGGGUUUUGAGGAAAAGUCCCACUGUUUUUUGUGUGUCUCAGGAUAAGAUGAGGAUAGUAAAAAAACUUUUACUGGGGACUGGUAAAUAUGAUGCCUCGUCGAUUGCUGAAUUUCCGAGGGUUCUCUUGUUCAGCAUUGAGAAGAGGUGCAAGCCGCGGUUUGAAGUUCUGGGGAUGUUGGAGAGCCGGGGCUUGAUUGAAGAGUGGCCUUCUCUCUGUUUGAUCUGCAGUUUGACAGACGAGCAGUUCUUUGAGGACUACUCAGUUGCAAAAGAGAGGGCAAACUUGUGCAAACUGGUUAACGGCAUAGAGGCUUUUUGCUUUGGCGGUGUUUUUGCGUCUGGGGGAGAG